AGGAUUUUGCAUGCCCAGAAAUCACGCGAUGCCAUGCACGCUGAAUCGGAAGAUGAGUACGUCCCUUCCGUGCUUCGAAGGCCAAAGGUGGCAAACCACACGCUUCACGAGACCUUUACAGCAGACACUCGGGAUCAUGAAGAUCACACGUUCUGCGGCGUGAUGUUUGAUGUGCAGUGCAAGGGGCCUGAGGAGGGAGGUGUUCCCGUGGAGUGCCUGGUGAUCACUUGUCUUGCGGUUCGAGGUGAUCUGGGGCCCUUAACCGUGUGGACGACCCCCGAUUCCUAUCGCAAGAAGGAGCACGAGGCGCAUGAGUGGGACUGCAUUUACGAAGCAGAGCAUCCUCCCUCUAACGAGAACUACCAAGCCCUGGAGCUCCGAUCGGAGAUCCGCCUCCAGCCAGGAGAGAGCUGCGGUCUCUAUGUCCAUUCAAAGCUUCCUGGUGAUGAUGCACUGGUGUAUGUUCCUCAUUGCUUCCAUGGGACCGCACGGAGACGAAGCUGUAGGUAUGACAAUCAACGAUCUCACGUGAGCCAUGAGGCUAACAUGCUGGCAAAUCUUGCCAUCACCGCACUGACCUCUGUGCUUGGCAGGAUGAUGUUUUCAAGGUACUGCCAGGCCAGGCGCACCUCAGCAAUCGGCCUUUCGGAAGGCAUGGGAUGUGGCUUGGCAGAGGUUUGGCUACACAUACCGUUUUUUGAUCCCCUUCCAAGGUGGGGGUUCCCCUGGCGUGACCGGCGAGAGUUCGUAGGCCGCAUCUCCUAUGGCGUCAACUACCGGCUGUGGAAUCCAGUUCUCGAUGUUCAUUUGCGAUUCCCGCGCAGCUUCAGACAGGCAGUGUGGACCAUCCUUCUUUGUGCAAGGAAGCCUGAGUCCCCUCUCUACUGGCUGCAUGACGAGGUUCUAUUCUACAUCUUGAACAUGUGCAAGUACGACUGGUUUUCGGAGAGCCGCACAAGAGGACGAGGUUCACAGUUCAAGUUGCGUGCGCCUGCCCUGCGCGGGCAGGCCAAAGGGUAUCAAGGCGGCCCAGCUGUGCAGCAAGUGAACUUGAGCCUGGAUGUGGAGAGCACGGAAAGCGAAAGCAGCCAUAGCGGGCCAACCAGCAACACGAGCAGCUGGUAAUCACGCAAUGGUUGACUGUUUCCAGCCAUGGCGCGCGCCUUUUGUACACGUUUCCCGCGCCGUGGCACACUUGUGCAAUCUUCUGAUGUUUAUUCGCCGGACGUGUCACAUGCUGCAAGGACAGCACAGGAUUGAAUAGGAUUGCUUGCGCGCAACCGCGUGUCCUGCAAUAUGGAGAAGCCCGGCCCGUCCGUUG